GGCCAAAGCCAAUGGCGUUGCUGCUCAGUCUGACAAGCAAAAUUCGGGGAUUGCAAUUUUUGCUUCGUAGCUAGAGCUAGCCAGCUAGCUCCCCGGUACCGAUGCUGUUGCUAACUCGGGUUGUGUAUUAAAUUACAAACAUCGCGUAACCCUGUAUUAAAUAAUGCCGACGCCAGUUGAGUGGGGAUGAAUGAGAAAAGAAGCUUCUUAGUAAGCCCGGUGGUGCAACUGGUUUGUUUUGACGGUUUACUGGCAGCCUCCUGCAGUUAGCUGGAAGUUACUCAUCCGCCCGGGGAGAAGGUUUGGCUAAUUAGCAAGCGGCGACGGGGCAAGGGGGCUUGUACAUGUCUUCCUCUCCACCUACUGCUAAACAUUUUGCAGUUCAUGUUUCGCCAAGAGGUCAGUGUGACGUCUUUCAUCCCGUCUUGUUCGUAUCUGUUCCACCACGAGAAGAGGAACAUGUCCAGGUAUAACAUAUACAGCUUGUUAGACUGGGUGUACGGCGGGGUGGACCCCAAGUUUGAGGGCAACGGGGGCCCGGAAUGUGCCGCCUUCCUGGCGCCCCAGCAGCGCGUCUGUGAAAGUCUGGUGGUCAUCCUCCUCUCCAUAGUUGAGAUUAGCGUGGCGCUGAAGAAAAUAAACAUCUCCAAAGAGCUGAUAGUGGCGGAGAAAGAGUGCACAAAAUCAAAAGAGGACAGUCUCAGCAAGAACCUGUUGCUUGUUGCACUAUGCUUGACUUUUGGAGUGGAGGUGGGCUUCAAAUUUGCCACUAAGACUGUCAUCUACUUGCUGAACCCCUGUCAUGUGGUCACCAUGAUCCAGAUCUUCCUGCUGGCCUGUCCGCCUUGUAAAAUUGCAAUGGUUGUGUUUAGGCUGCAGGUACACAUGUUGAAUGGUGCUCUACUGGCUUUAAUGUUCCCCGUAGUCAACACCCGACUGCUGCCCUUUGAGAAAGAAGUCUAUUACAUCCAGCACUCCAUGCUCUACCUGGUGCCAGUCUACCUUUUCAGGAAAGGAGGUGUGUACAAGCCUGAGCCCCUGGGGGACAUGUGGUGGGCGCUGCUCGCCACCGGCAUCCUCUUCCUGUAUCACUUUGUCUUCUUGCAAGUUCUUGGCUUGGCGACGGAGGUGAACCUCAACAAUAUGCUGUGCCCGGCCGUGUCCGAUCCCUUUUACGGGCCUUGGUACCGCGUGUGGGCGACGGGCCACCAGACGCUCCUGACGCUGCUCCACGGAAAGUUCCUGACCCUGCUCUCGCAACACACGGGCCCUGUGUGCAGAUACUCGCUGGACACACUCCGACUGCGCAGCAAGAAAAUCGACUGAACAAGCCUUUCACUUUCAUUGCCUUUUAUGUUGCUUUUAUUUAGAGUAUUUUACGGUUUUAUUUCAGUCAGUGUUGCUUGUGACGCCAUGUUUUUUAUGUAGUGGCAUACGUACACUGCUCGCAUGCCAUACGUGUAGGGAGGUGUUUUAAGGCUAGUGGUCCGAAUUGAGAAUCAAAUGUGCAAAAAUAUCCAGAAAAUAAUUUCUUAUGUUGCCUUUUUUGUGUGCAGAAAAAGGCCACUACUGAUAGCACAUGCCUAACUUCAAGAUAAAGCACUACUCAAAUUUAGGACCAGUCAGCAAAUUUCAGGAUGAAUCUAAAAUGCAUCUCCCGACAGAAGACACUUGCAGCUCUAAGAACAUUCUAGUUCAGUGAUGGGCAAACUUUUGGCUCAGGGGCCACAUAGGCUUCUAAAAUGUAGCAUUCACACGGUGCAUCUCAAAGCAUAUUUCUGUUGGAACUAUGGGUGGUAGACUUCUCAAACAUAGGAUUUUUUUAAUACAUCUUGUUUCAACAAUAUAUCAGAUCGGCGUGGUUCAUAUGGUAGAGCGGCCGCGCCAGCAACCUGAAGGUUGUAAGUUCGAUUCCAGCUUAUGCCAUCCUAAUCACGGGCAAGACACUUCACCCACUUUGCUCCUGUGGCACUGACACUGGUGUAUGAAUGUGCAGCACUCCCUUGAAAAAGAGAUUGUUAAUGUCAAUGGGACUUCCCUGGUUAUAUAAAGCAGUGGUCCCCAACCAGUGGGCCGCACAAGAAAUAAAAAAUAUUUUUUUUAUGUUUUAUUUGUAUUAAAUCAACAUAAAAAACACAAUAUAUACAUUAUAUAUCAAUAUAGAUCAAUACAGUCUGCAGGGAUACAGUCCGUAAGCACACAUGAUUGUAUUUCUUUAUUUUAAAAAAAUACACCUACACCCCCCCCCCCCCCCUCGGUCCGUGGGACUAAUUUUCAAGCGUUGACCGGUCCGCAGCUACAAAAAGGUUGGGGACCACUGAUAUAAAGGAUAAAAAAAGAAAUUAUUUCAAAUAAGAACAUUAAAUAAACAUGAAAACGAUAUUACAGAGUUAAAGCUUGCAUUCUCUUUUGGUGGGAGCAUUGUUGUUGAUCUAGUUUAUCAGUUCUGUUUUCAAAACCAAUCUUUGCUUAAAUGUGUUCCAAUACUUGGCGGCCCAGAUUAAAAAGACCACCUGGAUGUGGCCCGUGGGCUGUAGUUUGCCCAUCCCUGUCCUAGUUGAAGCCUCACAAUUGUGCAUCAUCUUUUUAUCAAAAAACAACCUAGUGAAACAUUGAACCAUGUGCCUUCAAAAGUGACCCUCGGUUUGGGAUGUUUUAGCCACCUGUUGCUAGCAGGGUUUGUUUCAUCAUUGUGAACACAAAAAAGAGAGACGUGUAUUGUGACUGAUGGGUGAAAUCCCCCCCAGUUGUGUUUGAGAUGAGUCAUUUUGGUGUGCUCAAUAUUGGCCGCACUUGUCUCAGACCGCCCGCAUCGUAGCGUCAAAUGAAGUGUUGUCAGACUGAUGGGGAGGUGGUUGAUCAAUGAUGUCUAUUUGUGCAACACCAACACGUGUUGGAGUCGGCUACAAUAGCGCCAAAACAACUUCACCCUCUGUAUGGAGUGAAAUUACUGCUAAAACAUAAAUAUUUUUACUUACCCCCAACGAUUCACAAAAAAACGAUAUUUUUUAUUUUUCCUCAAGUUAAAACUUUUGGCAGUAGUAUUUCACCCUGCGUGGUCCACACACUUGCACACAGAGCACCCCUAAGUUGCAGGGUGGGGAGUCAAAUAGCAGACAGAGGAGAGGGGAGACUAGCAGGUUAACUUACUGCUUCCUGCACAACCGCCAUCUUGGCUUGGUUGACCACCACUCUUUUUCAUUUCUGGGAAGAAGUCACUUCAUUGAUUACUAGCAAUUACUGCCAAAGAUUUUAACUUAAAGAAAAAUGUUUAUAUAUUUGUUUUUCUUUAAUUCCAGAAUUUUUAUUUUUUGUAUAAUUGGGGCUUUUUUUUACGUUGAGCGGGCGUGAGUAAAAUAUAUGUGUGUGUUUGUGGAUUUUUGGCAGUAAUUUCACUACAUACACUUCUCUUGUAUGUAGUGAAAAUGCAGUCGGAAAUCACACAAUUGAACGCUACAGUAGUUGUAUUGUUAUGACUAAUCGACGUUAGUGUGUUUUGUAUACAAUUUGAGUGACUUUUGUGUUCAUUUGUAAGAUCCGCCUUCUAAAUGAGACUUGCGUCACAGUCUGUCACCAAAAGGCCACCUGUGGUGCGUUUUAGCUGCAUCUUGAAAUUUCACCCCAAUUAUUCCUAAAUUUCCUAACGGUUUGUGAGUGUUCGGGAGUGAAAAUGCCAUUUUACUUGUAUGAAGUGUUUUGUUUUUGCUAUCCACUGUAAAUGUGAAUUUGGUUGAAGUUGGGUCUUUUUCUACAUGCAGAAGGAAACAUUUGUAAGUUUCUGCUUCCUUUUCCAGCCAUUCAGUUUAUUCCAAUUGUGAUAAUCAGGAGAUGUUUAGUGUUUUAUUGCCACAAGGGUUUCAUCAAAAGUCGUACAAAAGUUUUUUUCUAGAGCAACUUUGCAAAGAAGUUGGGAUUUUUUUUUUCAUUUCAAACGAUUUACUAGUACAAAAAGGGCAUUAGUCUUUGCCUGCUAUUUUCUUGUGCAAACAGGGUCAUUGUGGAGAUGUUGUAGGAUCACGCUGGGAUGUCUUGCUCUCUUCUGCCAAGGACGUUUUCUGAUUUUUGUCUUAAAUAUUUGGACAAAAUAUGCUAGAAGGGAAAAGCUUCAGUCAUGUGUUAUGAAACUUGAAGAGUGUGUUGCUUGUUGCUCAUGUUGAUAUUCAUAAAAAAGUCACCACAAAAUCCACCCUUUAUCUGCAUGAGGUCACUUUGGGUCAUUUCUUGGCUGCGUCUUCAUAAGAAAGUGUUGUUGUAUCAUUUCAAGAGUGUGGGGGUGCAUCAUUGUAGCACAUUUGACUUCUGCUGUAUACAUAUACUGCAAUGUAAAGGGAUGCUUUUUCUACUCUAAAGGGAUUAUGUGUAGGUUCUUAAUUAAAGUUAUUUCAGUUG